CCCAUUGGGCACGGUGCGCAGAGGGGGCCCUUAAAAAAGGCCCAGGUGGGCGGCGGCCCCACACAAGCACCCGAGAGGGGGGUGGGGGGGCGUCACGCUGAGAGCAGAGCAGCGGCUGUCAGAGACACUGCUAGCAUUCGCUUUGAGUUAUUUCGGUUUGUUUUGUUUUUUCCGCGCUACAUUUUUUUUCUGCGUGAAAAGCUAAUAAAACUCCGAGCGAACCCCGAGCGCGCGAAGCGAUGUUCGGCUACGGCAAAUGCGGCAGGUUCACGUGGACGGGGACCCUGGAGGACUGCGGCCGACGCCCGGGCAGCGGUGAGCGAGUGCGGCCUACCAUGGCAACCACGGGUGCCAGCGGACUGGAGGUGCUCCUGACCACGCUGCAGGGUGUGGGGGACACAGAGAGCGCCCUCAAUAUCCUGAACGUGCUGGACGAGCUCCUGUCAGCGGGCACCGACAGGCGGAUCCACUACAUGAUCUCCAAAGGCGGCAGUGAGGCUCUCCUCUCAGCCUUGGUGAAGACGGGCAGGUGCCUCUCUCCCAACUACGCCAUCCUGCUGCCCCUGCUCCACCUGCUAGCCAAGGUUGGGCACAGAGACAGGUGGAUCGGGCUCAAGGCGGAGAAGGCGGAUGCCGUGCUGCUCACGCUGGGUCUGCUCAGGCAGAAUUCGGAACACCCCCAGAGGGCGGCGGCCUGCCUGUGGGUCCUCAGGGUCUUCUGCUCAUCCGUGUCCACAGCCACUUUGCUGGGUGAAAACAGAGGCCUGGACGUGGUUUUUAAGCUGGUGUCCGCGCACACGACAAAGCGCGCACGCACAGUCAAGGCAGCAAUUGAUGCAUUUGCAGCACUUCUGCAUUCAAAGGCCAACAGCCGGUGUGCGGUCGCUAAGGGAUACGUGUCCAGCCUGCUGAAGCUGUACGAGGACUGGCACAGCCGCGACGGCGCCAACGCCCACGUGCCCAUCCGCAGGGCCCUGCUGCACUGCCUGCACCACGCCACCAACGUCCGCGCCGGGCGGGACGCCCUGCAGGCGCACGGGGGCAUGGGCCUGCUGUUCCAGUCCACCCAGACUUGCCUGGCCAAUAAGGCCACAGAGUCCCUGGCAGAAUUGUCCAUUCAGCUGAUGAGGAAGUGUUUCCCAAAGUGCCCCCUCCCGCUGACCUCAGAUCAGAGCCUCUACACCUUUCCCCUGCCUGGGAGGCCUGCCCCCGGCCUGGACACUGACCCAGGAACGCAGGAUGACGGCUUGGAAGAGGACAGCGACGACGAGGCUCAAAAUGGCGACUCUGACAGCUUGGAGUACCGUUCGGAGGUCCCGCGCCCCCUGCUGGUGCGGGCGGCGUUCCUCCUCCUCGCCGCUGCCCUCCAGGCAGGCAGAGCAAAGGACGACGACCUGGAGACGGACCCGGACAAGCUGCGGGAGCGGCCCAAACCGGACAGGCCCCCGGAGGAGCUGAGCCAGUACCUGCAGCUGUGCCCUGAGCUGCUCCAUGACUUCCAGGAGUUAGACGCUGACAUGGAGGCCAAGGACACCUCAGAAGAGGAUAUCCCAAACGGGGAAUCGAGCCCAGGACACGGGGGCCACGCCACGCCAGAGGGGGAUCCCGGAACAGCCCGUCCGCAGAAGCGGGCCCCUGCCAGGGAGGCGCCCCCGCCCCCGGCCCCGCCCCCAGCUCUGAGCGCGCAGGACUUCCACAGCUGGGCCCUGGGCGGCCUCGCGGCGGUGGACCGGCUGCUGGCCGCCCGCCGGCCCUGCGUCCCCCACCACGACCCCCGCGUCUACGCCGCCGCCGCCGCCCGCACCAAGUCCGUCCCCGGCUUCUCCGCCCUGGCCUUCCCGGACCUGUGGGGCCACCUCCCUCCCCGGGGCCCGGAGCCGAUGGCCGCGCGGGACCCUAACGUGCAGAGGAAGAAGGUGUUCGAGGACAUUCGGAGGCAGCUGAACCCGGAGGACGUGAUUGGCAGGGUGGCGUUUGACCUGGAGGAGACCAGCCCCCAGUGCCAGUCGGAGCACCCGGACUCCCUGCGCUUCUACUCCAAGUUUGAGUCCGGAAACCUCCGCAAAGCCAUCCAAGUCCGAAGGUACGAGUACGACCUGAUCCUGAACGCGGACGUGAACUGCUCCCAGCACCUGCAGUGGUUCUACUUUGAGGUCAGCGGCAUGCAGAGCGACGUCCCGUACCGCUUCAACGUCAUCUGCUGCGAGAAGGGCAACAGCCAGUUCAACUACGGGAUGCAGCCGGUCCUGUACUCUGUGCGGGAGGCGUUGGAGGGGCGGCCCCACUGGGUCAGAGCCGGCUCAGAGAUCUGCUACUACCGAAACCAUUUCUGCCCCAGCAGAGGUUCGAAAGGCCCGGCCUUCUACACUCUGACCUUCACCGUGACCUUCCCGCACAGCGAAGAUGUGUGCUACCUGGCCUACCACUACCCCUACACCUACUCUGCCCUCCAGACCCAUCUGCAGAUGCUGGAGGAGGCGGUGGACCCUCGCGUGGUCUUCUUCCGGAAGCAGACCCUGUGCCACACGCUGGCGGGCAACCCCUGCCCGCUGCUCACCAUCACCGCCUGCCCCGCGUCCUGCAGCUGGCAUCAACUGCAGGAGCUGCGAAAACGCCCUUGUGUGGUCCUGACGGGUAGGGUGCACCCCGGGGAGAGCAAUGCGAGCUGGGUAAUGAAGGGCUCGCUGGAGUUCCUGUGCAGCAGCGACCCCGUGGCCGAGAGCCUGAGAGAGGCCUACGUCUUCAAGAUCAUCCCCAUGCUCAACCCCGACGGGGUCAUCAACGGCACGCUCCGCUGCUCCCUGAAUGGGGAGGACCUGAACAGGCAGUGGAUCAGGCCUGACCCCGCCCUCAGCCCCACCAUAUUCCACUGCAAGGGCCUCCUCUACUACCUCCAAAGCUUGGGCCGCACCCCUCUGGUGUUCUGCGACUACCACGGCCACUCUCGGAAGAAGAACGUCUUCCUGUACGGCUGCAGCGUGAAGGAGACUCUCUGGCAGGCGGGGUCUACGGUCAACACCUCCGCGCUGAAGGAGGAUCCCGGACACAGGACCAUCCCGAAAACGCUGGACCGGAUCGCCCCGGCGUUCUCCUUCAACAGCUGCAGCUACCUGGUGGAGAAGUCGCGCGCGUCGACGGCGCGGGUGGUGGUGUGGCGCGAGAUGGGCGUGAUGCGCAGCUACACGAUGGAGAGCACCUACAACGGCUGCGACCAGGGCGUCUACAAGGGUCUGCAGAUCGGCAGCAGGGAGCUGGAGGAGAUGGGGCUCAAGUUCUGCCAGAGCCUCCUGCCCCUGAGGAUGCACACGCUGCUCUACAGCCCCAGGCUCUUCGGCCGCGCGUCCGCCCUGCUCGACCUCAGCGACAGCCCCCUCGACCACAAGUCCCACAACUGCUUCGAGGACGACGAGCCGGCGUGCGCGGAGGAGAUCGAGUACCUGACGCACGGCUGCUCCGAGCACGACGCGGAGCAGCUGGACGCAGACGUCAACGGCAACACGUCCGGCUCCGAGGAGGAGGAGGAGGAGGGUGAGGAGGAAGAGCGGUGUGUCAACGGCCUCGGACGCACGGACGGGAAUUCCCGCCUCAUUCCGAGGCACGUGCGCGAAGGCCCUCUAAAAACUCUCAACUCGAAGAGAACGCGCAGCGGCGUCGACAUCGGCAACGGACAGUACCUGAGCUAGGGGCCUUGUCUGAACUGGGGUCCUCCAGGUCUCGGAACCUGGGCAUGGAUAGGGCAAGGCCUUGGUCACAUGGCUGGUUAGCAGCCUAUCACAAUCUGUUUUUGUGAGAUUUGUCUUUUUUUUAAUGCAACUAGAUGCUGAACUAGAUUAUGAAUGCAACAAAAAAAAAAGGUAUUAUAUUGUGGCAGUGAAUCACACCUGUAUACAAGCUUUAUAAUAAUGGAAAAAUUAUUUUUUGUCAGGGUGAAUAUAUACACAUUGUUUCGUAAGAUGAUGUUGCAUUUUAGGUGCAUAUAAUGCAUAUGGGAAUGAAUUUGGUUUCUACUUCACGGUUUACUUAAAUUUAUGGAAUAAUUUGUGAUUAUAGAAAAAUAACAUUUGUAUGCAGCACAACUAAAAACCAUCUCGCAGUGCAUCAGCACUUGUUUUUAUGAAUAGUAAACUUAAGCAGAUUAGGUAAAUCUACGACAUAUUCCAUUCUUAUAAUGUAAGUACUGCAUACCGUAUCAGCGGAGAAACAAUUUCAACAGAAGUUGUUGAGCAAUAAAAGAUGGUUCUUGUUUAAA